AUGUCGUACCGCGAGAUUCGAAACUUCACGGAGUGCAUGCGUUCCCUGGGCUACCCGCGCAUCAUCUCCGUCGAGAACUUUCGCAAUCCCAACUUCGAGCUCGUCGCGGACUGCCUGGACUGGCUCGUGCAGAGGUUCGACGAGAGCGCGGACAUCGACGACGACAUCAGCACCGAGACGGACAGGGUGACCUUCCUCAAGAACGUCUCCAAGGUGUUCAUGUCCAGGGCGCGGUUAAAGCUCAACAUCAAGAGGCUCUACGCCGCCGACGGGUACGCGCGUCCCCGAAGACCACCCUCCUCCAACCCUCCUCCAACCCUCGCCACCCACUUUCAAAUCACCGAGCGACAUACAGGGCACCCGCGCUCACCUCGCCGCCCCUCCCGUCCGUCCCACAGGCUCGCCGUCAAGGAGCUUCUCAAGAUCGCCAACCUGCUCUACCAGGCGACCAAGAACGCGGACGAGGACGACGCGACGGACCCGGAAGCAGCGACGGACGCCUUCGAGCUCGACGCCGGGGCUUUCGACGUGAAGCUCGUCCGAAGACUCGCGAGCGAGAUCACGCAGAGGGGCGCCGCCAUCUACGACGCCCUCGGGGACGAGAAGCGCCUUCGCGGGGAGCGCGCGAGGGCGGUGGGGCGGGACGUGGACCUGGACGAGAUCGAGGCGCAGGUGCAGGAGCAGAUCGCGUCGGUGCGGGACAACGUCCAGGGCCUGGAGCGUAUGCUGGGAGACUUGAGACGGGACGAGGAAUCGCUCGAGUCGAAGAUUGAAAAGCGCCGAGCCGAGCUCGAGCGAGCGGAGAAGCGGCUCAGCGCCCUGCGUCAGGUGCGACCCGCGUACAUGGACGAGUACGACCAGCUCGAGGCUGGCAUGGACGAGAUGUACGAGGCGUACGUGGAGAAGGUGAGGAACCUGGACUACCUCGAGUGGCAGCUUCGCGAGAUGAGCGCGGAUGAGGACGCCGCGCGGGAGGAGAAGGAACGGGAGCUGCGCGACAUGCAGCGGCGCAUGAGGAACGAGGAGAUGAAGAUCCUGCGGGGCGAAGGGAACGUGGGCGGCGACGACGAGGACUUCGACGUCGACGAACCCGCGCGCGCGAGGCCGGGUGCGGCGGCGCAGAGGAGGUCCCCGCCGAAGGGUCCCGUCGCGAAGAGGUUCGGCCUCGACGGAGGGACCCGCGCGGGAUCGCGUGUGGGUUCGACAGGGACCGGGAUGGGCGGACGACGGGAGCCGGCGGUGACGGGGAGCAUGACGGGCGGGGACCUCAGCGGGGACAGCAGCGAGGGGGAGCUGUUCGAAGAGGACGAUUCGUCGGUGCGCGGGUUCGGUGACAUGUCCACACCGGGAGGCGACCGCGAGCCGUAUCCACCGCCUCCGCGCAGGCGCGCACGGUCCAAGGCGUGCUGGGGGGCCAUGUUGUUCGAUAAGCGCAUGGAGGACGCCGGAAUCCCCCCGUGGUGCGCGGGACUCAACUACGGACGGUCAAAUCCGCCAAGGCACGACAGCUUCGAGGACGCCUCCCCCCCGAACACACUCGGCGCGUUCAAGUACGUGUGCGUCGGGUACGCGGAGCGCAAGUACCCGUUUUACUCGAAGGAUGCUGACGAAGGGGGCGGUGAGGGCGGGGCGAAAGGUGGGGAGCCGAACAAGCUCCCGUACUGCGAGGGGAUCCUCAUGCUCGUCACGGACAAGGAGGGCGGCCUGGAGAAGCCGCCGCGGGCCGCCCGCGUCGUGAAGGAGCGUACCCGGGACGCGGACGAGGACGCGGACACGAUCGAUGCGUCCACGAGCGGCGGCGAAGGGCCCGCGCGCGCGGGAAGGCCCCUGCCCGGCCUCGGCGUCCCGGGCCUCUCAUCGGACGGGGCGCGGGCGAGGGAGCGGGGAGGCGGACGAGUCGACGCGCGAGCGGGUGACAAACCAAUCGUGGAGCCCGGGUACGUCACGCCGAGCGCCGAGUUCGAGAGGAAGUUCAUCAAGAGCGCGGGGAAGAUCGUGAAGAACAUGAAGCGACACGCCGACUACAUAGCCACCACGGUCUACCGCGCAGUCGGAGGCGGACCUUAGCUUUGGUUGAUUCGUUUGUUUGGACAAAGGUACGUCGUUCGUC